AAUCAUGACAUGACAUGUUGAUAAUAUGACUAUUGUCAUUUAUUUUAUUUUUUGUUUACCUGAAUUCCAUUAUUUUUGUAUUAUGUAGUACACAGACUGAAAUAUAUUAUAGUAAUUUUAAUUAUGCCUAAGAAUCAGUAACUGUUCAAAUAUAUCUGCUCAACUUAACAAUGAAUGGUAAUGAUUGUUGGUACCAUGGAGAACUCAGUAGAGAAGAAGCUGAUAGUUUAUUACUAAAUGGUUCUCACGUGGAUGGUACAUUUUUAGUUCGAGAGAGUGAAUCAUCUAAAGGUGACUAUGUUUUAUCUGCACUCCAUGAUAACCAAGUACGUCAUUUUCAAAUUAGAAGACAUACAGAAGACGUUUUUUUCUCCAUUAAUGAACCUACAAUCCAUGGUUUAGAAUGUCUUAUUGAAUACUAUCAAGAAAACCCUGGUCUUCUAUCAGAAGGUUUGAAACUAACAGAAUAUGUUAAAAAAGAUCCACCACCUCACGAUUUGAGAAGACACGGCCGUAGUAAUCUUUUGCAUAGAGCUACUAGUGAAGGUAGUUUUAAAGUAGUAACAGAACUCUUACGAACUGGUUAUAGACAUGAAGCAAAAAAUGAGUAUGGUCAAACUGCCGUUCAUCUUGCCAGUAUUAAAGGAAAUGAUGAUAUUCUGAGAGAACUAAUUGAAUAUGGUGCUAAUAUCAAUUCAAGAGAUACAGCAGGCUUUACACCAUUACAUUAUGCUUGUCAAAAUAAUUUUCCAACAACUGUGAGGUUACUGGUACAAGUAGGAGGAGCUAAUAUUCAGGCUAGAAAUACAGAAAAUGGUUCGGUUCCAUUACAUGAAGCUUGUGCCAAUGGCCAUAAGGAAGUUGUCCGAGAAUUGUUGAGCUUGAAUGCGCCAGUCAACCCUAGAAAUGGAUCCGGUCUCGUGCCUUCUCAGAUAGCAAGGAAUAAUAGUCAUAUUGAUUGUGCUGAAAUAUUAGAAAAUUAUAAAUGCCCCACUCCAAAAACUUGCGCCAGUCAAUGGUACCAUGGUACCUUAGGAAGAAGAGAAGCAGAGGAACUCAUUAGAAAUUAUAGUACAAAAGAUGGCACAUUCCUGAUCAGAUCAAGUAAUAGGAACAAAGGAGAUGUGCUAACGCUCUUGAAUGGAAAUGUCUUUUUCAAUUUUAUCAUAAGUCAACAAGGAAAAUACCUGUUUAUUGAUGACGGACCCUUUCUUGAAUCCCUAGAACAUAUCGUUGAAUAUUAUAGUUUUAUCUCAGAUGGCUUGCCUACAGUUUUGAUAACUCCAGUUCCCCCUAAACCCAAACCCCAAGUUCCUGAUUGCUCUACUAUGCCAAGAAUAAAGAAAGUCCAUCGGACAAUUGCCCUGAAGAUGAAUACUUUGAAUGAUGACAAAAAAUCUUAUCCUUCUCAAUUCGAACACAUACAAUUCCAGUCCAAUCUCUCCUUAGCUGUAAAUAAUAAUAAUAAUAAGGAAGAAAACGAUGAUUACAUAGCACCUGAAAGCCUUACUCUUGGAAACCAAAUUGGUGAAGGUGAAUUUGCAUCUGUUUUUCAAGGAACUUAUACUAAACCGAAUGGAGAAGUUUUAAAAGUCGCAAUUAAAACUUUGAGAAGUGAACAAAUGGAGAUGAAUAAAGCUGCCUUUUUGAGCGAAGCACAUAUUAUGCUCAAAUUAAACCAUCAUUGCAUUGUGAAAUUGUUAGGAUUGUGCAAGGGAACAAAUCUGUUAAUGGUUCAAGAACUAAUGCCUUUAGGAUCUCUAUUACGAUAUUUAUAUGAGUUUCGGGAAAGAAUAAAUCCAAACUAUGAAUUCAAGAUUUGGGCAGCCCAAAUAGCUUGUGGAAUGAACUACUUGGAGGAACAGAGGUUUGUUCAUAGGGAUUUAGCUGCCAGAAAUAUACUUUUGGCUACACAGCAUCAAGCCAAAAUUAGUGAUUUCGGAUUAUCUAGAGCAUUGAAUGCUGGGCAUGAGUAUUAUAUGGCUCUGCAGGGUGGAAAAUGGCCUUUGAAGUGGUACGCUCCAGAGUCAUAUAAUUUUGGUAAUUUCCAUCAUAAAAGUGAUGUUUGGAGUUUUGGUGUAACAAUUUGGGAAAUGUAUUCAUUCGGAGCUAGUCCAUAUGGUGAUAUGAAAGGUUCAGAGGCCAUUAAACUUAUCGAAGAUGGUGGAAGGUUGGAACAACCAUCAGCAUGCCCUGACAAUGUUUACGAAAUUAUGGGACAAUGCUGGCAAUAUAAUCCAGAGGACAGACCUCGGUUCAAAGAACUGUUGAAUCAUUUCUGCCAGGAUACAGAAUAUAUGAAUAUAAGAGAAUUGUUACCACAGGCUAAUCUUGCAUGAAAUGAGAAAUUCUAGGAUAUUACAAGUGAUGAAGGUGAUUUUUUAUAAGUAUAUAUUUGAAAUAAUGAAUCAGAUAAUAUUCCAGACGUCCUAUUUUUGUUACAUAAAGUGAUUCAAGUGCCAAUAAAAUUUCAUAUGAUCGUUUAUAAUAAUGUUGAUUGGUGCAAAUAGCACAUUGGAAUAUAUAAUUCUAUGUAUUUUACUAUGUAUGUUGAGAUGAUUUUAUUAUACAAUUCUUUUUCAUAUUUA